AUGAUACUGUACGUGACAGAACCCGUUGAAGUCAUGGAGCAAGAUAGACAAACUUUAUUAACAGCAGUAGCACUUAUAGCGCGAGAAUUAACAGAUUCAUCAUCAUCAUCUGAAAGCGAUAAUGAAGAACUUGAAAUUUUGCAGAGGAAUGUUAAUCAAAGAAGAAAAGUGCCAAGAAUACAAAAUUAUGUGGAAACAAUAGUGCCAAUGUUAACUAAUCAACAGUUUAAGGCUCAUUUCAGAUUACAAAGACAUAACCCUGGUACAUCUAUGAUUUGUUCACGCAAGCAGUUUCUGUUGGCAUUGUGGAGACUAGCCAUUCCAGACUCUUUCAGAUCGAUUUGUGAGAGAUUUAAUGUUGGUAGAAGUUUUGCGUUAUAUGCAACAAGACGUGUUGUAAAAGCACUUGUUGAACUUGCAUCUAUUAUGAUUAAGUGGCCUACAGGAGAACGAGUUGCUCAAACAUGGGCAGGAUUUGAAGCCACUAGUGGUUUUCCUAAAGUCAUCGGAGCUAUUGAUGGCACACAUAUUAAUAUUCCAUCCCCUAAAGACCAUCCUGAAGCUUACGUCAACCGGAAAGGUCGGCAUUCAAUUCAACUGCAGGCUAUCUGUGAUCACAAUUGCCAAUUUAUCCAUUGUUUUGUGGGGCAUGUAGGAUCUGUUCAUGAUCAACGGGUGUUCCGCUUGUCAGAAGUACAAACCUACUUGGGAAAUGUGUCUAAAUUCCCAGAAGAUUGCCAUUUAGUUGGAGACCUAGCUUACAAAUUGCACGAAAAUUUAUUGAUACCAUAUCGAGACAAUGGUCACUUUACAGAGCGUCAACGAAAUUACAAUUUUUGUCAUGCUUCAGCAAGAAUAGUUAUCGAGAGAGCAUUUGGAUUAUUAAAAGGAAGAUUUCGAAGUCUUUUGACUGUACUUGCCAUACAACGAAUUGACUUGGUUCCAUUGCACAUUCUUGCUUGUUGUAUGCUACACAAUGUGUGUAUAAUGAAGGGUGAUGAGUUUAAUGAGGAAAUCAAUGAAGAGAUGAUUGAUUGUAUGGAAGACAAUCCAGAAAAUGUUUGUGGUGCUGCUCAUGUAGAAGGUCAGCAUUCAAUUUUAUUUCAAAUAAUAUAUCUUUCUGCUUUCUAUAAAAUUUAUUCUAUAAAAUUUGCUGUAGAUGCUGCUCGUGCAGGUGCUACUAAGAGAUAUUUAAUAACCGAAAGACUAAGAAUAAGAAAAGUGUAACGCAUAUUUUGGAUUAUAUUAUUAAUUUUUUAAGCCACAACAUAUAAGAUUAGAUCUUAAAAUUACAUAUUAUAUACUUAAUA